CACCUUCUCAGAACGAUUAAGCAAUGUAAAUAUUGAUAUUAUCCAUCGCAUUGACCAAACAGGGAGCUAUGCUGAGGAGGUUGAAACCUUUUUUCAUGAAGGACUUGAGAAAUGGAGAGAGCUGAACCUCACUCGGCAUUUUGUGACAUUCUACAGGGAAGUAGUCAACAAAUGCCAGUCUUUCAACCAGCUAGUAUAUUAUCAGAAUGAUAUUGUGCAGAGUUUGAAAACUCACCUGCAAUUGAAAAACAGUCUUGCUCUUCAGCCCCUUUUGGAUUUGGUGGUUCAGUUGGCGCGUGACCUGCAGACAGAUUUCUAUCCUCACUUUCGAGACUUUUGUGUGUCCAUUACAAAAUUACUGGAUACUCAGGACACUGAAUUGCUAGAAUGGGCCUUCACCUCCCUUUCCUAUCUUUACAAAUACUUAUGGAGGCUAAUGGUCAAGGACAUGUCCAGCAUUUAUGGGUUGUACAGCAGCUUAUUGGCUCACCACAAGCAGCAUAUCAGGAACUUUGCAGCAGAAAGCUUCACUUUCUUGAUGAGGAAGGUUUCUGAUCAAAACGCUCUUUUAAAUUUAAUGUUCCUUGACCUUGGAGAGCACCCAGAAAAAGUGGAAGGAGUGGGGCAAUUAAUUUUUGCAAUGUGCAAAGGUGUCAGAAACAUGUUCCAUUCUUGUGCAGAAAAGGCUAUCACAUUAUUUCUGAAAAAGUUGGGGCCAGUUACAGAAACAGAAGUUACGCUCCCUUGGAUCUCUGUUGGAGAAGCUUUCAAAUGCAUGGUGAAGUCAGCUGCUGGUUUCGUUUCCAAAGAGCAUUUUGACGUUUUAUUCAGAUGCUUGCAAGAAUCAGUAGUACAACUUCAAGAGAAAAUCACUAAGGACAACUGCUGUGAAGCUUCUGAGCAGAUUGAAAGGAUAUUGCAAGUGUAUUUGAUCUUAGUAGAGUAUGGACACGGAUCCAAAAUACCUCAGCCUGAAGAAGUUUGUAAGACGUUCAUACAGUUGGCAGGAAUCCCUGACCUCUCAGUUCCCUGCCGUGAUACUCUGCUCAGAGUAAUUUCUGCCUUGCUCCUGUCUGAGAAUGCUACACUACCUAAUCCUUUGACCAAAGAAACUGUGGAAAAGGUCUUCAAAGGUGGAUUUGAUAGGCAUUCUCUUUUGAAUUUUUCAAAAUGCAUGUUUGUGAUGGAACAGUUUGAAAAGCAAUUCCUUCCCAGCCUUCUUGAGUACACUGAACAUUACAUCUGUGGGGAUGAUCCUCUGGCCCAGGAGGAGGCAUUGGCUGCUUUGGCUAAACUCAUCUUAGAGAAAGCAGAACCUCCCACUGUGGGUUCAAUGGCAUUUGAGAAAUAUCCUCUCAUCUUUAUGGAAUCAUGUCAAGGGUCUGGUAGAAGACAGCUCAGAAGUAAGAAAACUGAAGAAAAAGAACAGAAGACAAUGUUGGAUUACAUUCUGUCUUGUAUUCAAUUACCAGAAAAUAGAAACAUGGCUGACCUUUCACUCACUUGGGCAGCUCUUGUUGUACUUCCACAUAUAAGACCGAUCGUCAAGGAGCACAUCCUACCAGCAGUUACAAGUUUCACUGAGUAUCUCUUUGCUGCUGUUGACAAGGGACAACUGCAGAAAGGAAGUUUGUUUGUGGCCUGCCAAGCUGUGAGCACACUGCUUAGUUUAUCAGAAUCUUUGGAAAUUCUGCACUUGUUGCCAGUGGAACACGUAAAGAAUUUGGUGUGCACCUUUCCUUCAGAACCGUCUGCCUUGCUUUUGGCUGAUCUCUAUUAUACAAGAUUAGGAUUGUGUGGCUACCGGGAGCAUUUGUCCCAAGAGAAUCUGAUGGAAUUAUUUUCUAAAUUGCAAAGUAACAUUUCAAACAGUGUUUCCAAGGUACGACUAUUAACAAUAAGGAUCUUAAGUCAUUUUGAUGCCUUGCUUCCUACUUCAACUGAGGAUGUGGGCUCAGGAGAGCUACAGUCUGUGUUUGCCAUAUUGCUUCAAGCUGAACUUGUGCCAGCAAGCGUCAAUGAUUAUCGUGAGAAACUACUCCACUUAAGGAAGCUGAGGCAUAACACGAUUCGGCCUUUGACCCCUGAGGGACCUUUGCAGGAGGUACCUCUUCGGUAUUUACUGGGAAUGCUUUAUAUCAACUUCAGCCCUUUGUGGGAUCCCGUGAUUGAAUUCAUAACUUCCCAUGCAAAUGAAAUGGAGAACAAGCAGUUCUGGAAAGUCUUCUAUGAACAUUUGGAAAACAUUGAAUCCUGUGCUGGAAAGGAGUUCUGCAAUGAACUAGAAAGACAACAAGAGCAUGUUAUGUAUACUGAAAGAGAGGCAGUCCAAGAAGGUGACAUCAGAGUCCUCUAUCUUGAGCAGCUGAGGUGUCAGACAUGGAGCAACGAGAGAAAGGAUCCUGCAAAUUUUAGGUUCCUGCUUUGGAAAGCAAUGUCGAAGUUUCCUGACAGAGUAGAGCCCAGAUCGAGAGAACUUUCCCCGCUUCUCUUAAGGUUUAUUAACAAUGAAUAUUAUCCUGCAGAUUCCCUAGUAGCUCCAGCACAAGACCUUAGGAAAAAAGACAGUGGUGGUGGUGGUGGUGAGGGAGAAACAGAAUUGCCUUUUGAGGAAAUAAAUCAAAAAGUGAUGGAAGUUGACGAGAAGGAUGAUGAAGAGAAUCCAGCUCCUGGAGAGCCAGUGAUUGAAGGGAUGCCAAAAAAGACUAGAAGAGCUGCAACGAAGCAGUUGAAGGCCCACCUGGAAGUAUUUGCAAAAUUUUCAAAUCCGCGUGCAUUGUAUUUAGAACCAAAGUUAAAUGAACUAUACACUCAGCUUCUGUCCCAUCAAGACCAGAAUGUGCAGAAAAUAGCUCUUGACUGUAUUAUGACCUACAAGCAUCCACACCUGCUGCCAUACAGGGAGAACUUGCAAAGGUUACUGGAAGACAAGAGCUUCAAGGAAGAAAUAGUGCACUUCAGCAUUUCUGAAGAAAACACCAUAAUCAAAACACAACACCGACCAGAACUAAUUCCUGUUUUAAUGAGGAUUUUAUAUGGGCGAAUGAGAAAUAAAACUGGAAAUAAAACACAAGGCAAAUCAGCUGCAGCGACCCGCAUGGCUAUUGUUUUGAGAUUCCUUGCUGGCUCACUGCCUGAAGAGAUUAGAAUGUUCCUGGAUCUGCUUUUUGAGCCUGUGAAACACUUCAGCAAUGGAUGCUGCCACUCUGCAGUUCUCCAAGCAAUGGAAAAACUGGACCUAUCGCAAGUGCUGCCUCUCGGCCGCCAGCAUAGCCUUUUCAACACUCUGGAUGUAGUUCUGAAAAACAUGGGACAUCUGAUCAGCCAGUACCUGCCAGAGAUUUUUCAGAUUUUGCUGUGCAUGGCAGCAGCAGUAUCCCACAUUCUUCAACAAAGGGAAAAGAUUCAGCUGAAGUUCAUUAACCCACUGAAAAAUUUAAGGAAGCUUGGGGUCAAACUUGUAGCAGACUUUUUCUCUAACUUUGAAACAUACAGCUUCAGUGUGGAAGAAAUUGAUGCAGUCUUUCAUGCAGUGGUGUGGCCCCAGGUAACUAGGCUGGCCUCUGAGAGCCAAUAUUCUCCGACCCUUUUACUCAAAAUCAUUCACAUCUGGAGCAGAAAUCCAAGGUAUUUCCCUUUGCUGGCCAAGCAGAAACCUGGACAUCCAGAAUGUGAUAUAUUAUCCAAUGUGUUUGAUCUGCUUUCGGCCAAAAACCUGUGUGAGGCAACUGCUGGGGUUGUGAUGGAUGUCGCUGACAGCCUUCUCAACACUCCUGAUUUUGAACCUAGUGAUCACCUAUGCAGCUUGACUGUGACUGACGGUGUCUUUGUAGAAGUGGACGAAACGUCUGGAGACCUUCCGAGUGUGGGUACAAGGCUAGUUCUCCCCCAUGUCCCUGCAAUUCUCCAGUAUCUCAGCAAAACUAUGACGAAUAUGGACAAGAUGAAGAAGAAAAAAUACAGAGCCCAAGUCAGCAAAGAACUCAACAUUCUUUCCAAAAUCAGCAAGUUUAUAAAGGACAAGAGUCAGAGCUCCAUCCUGAUUAGCCUCCUCCUCCCUUUUCUUCACCAGAAUAACAUACUGCAGGAUACAGAGAUUGACAUCUUGGAAACAGUACAAAAUCUGCUGAAGCACUGCUUGAAUCCAGCAGGUUUCCUCAAACCUCUGGCAAAACUGUUUUCUGUUGUUCAGAACAAGUUGUCUCGUCAGACACUCUGUACAGUUUUUCAGACUCUUGCAGAUUUGGAGAGUGAUUUAAAAUACAUUACAGAUACUGUUCAGUUGAAUGCUUUUGAUCCACGACAUCUGGAUGACAUUGAUUUUGACGUCCGCCUGUCAGCCUUUCAAGCUGUUGCUUCUCAUAUCAAGGAGAUGAGAACCAUGGAUGUCAGCUACCUGAUUCCAGUUAUGCAUAACUGUUUCUACACCAUACAGUUAGGGGAGAUGUCUCUGAGUGACAGCGCCAUCCUCUGCUUGAACGGUAUUAUUAGAUUAUUAGCUGAAACUGACCACAAGGAAGAGGAAUUCAAGGAAAUAAUCCAGCGCACUCUUCUGGAAGCUUUGAGGAAAGGGCUGAAGAGCAAGACAGAGAGUAUUCAGCAGGAUUACACGUCAUUGCUCUCCUGCUUGAUUCAAGCAUUCCCCAAACACCCAGAGUUUCAUGACUUGGUCCAGCUGACCGACUGCCAUGAUCCAGAGAUGGACUUCUUUGAAAAUAUGAAGCAUAUUCAGAUCCACAGAAGAGCGCGAGCCUUGAAGAAACUGGCUAAGCAGAUAACUGAAGGCAAAAUUACCCUAUCUUCCAAGUCUCUUCAGAACUACAUUAUGCCUUAUGCAACAACUACCAUUUUUGAUGAGAAAAUGCUCAAGCAUGAAAACAUGGUAACUGCAUCGGUUGAAGUGGUAGGAGCUGUUUGCAGACAUCUUUCUUGGUCGGCGUACCUCUAUCAUUUGAAACAUUUCAUACACGUCUUGCAGACUGGACAGAUCAAUCAAAAACUGGGUGUCAGUGUGCUAGUUACGGUGCUGGAAGCAUUUCAUUUUGACCAUGAAACUCUUGAAAAGCAGCUUGAGAUGCUUGAGAAUCAAGCAGCUGUAGAAGUCAUGGAUGCUGAGCCUGAAAUGGAGAAUGAAGUUACGGAGAUGGAGCUGAGCGAUGGAGAAGGUCAAGAAACUAUCAAGAACCUUUCAGAGGAUGCUGAUAAGCAGAAGGGGCCUACUGGUUCUCUGUCUGAUCAGUCUGCUAACAGAGAAAAUGAAGACUGCCAGGAAACUACAAAAGCAAUCUCCAUCCUACCUAGGAGUAAGGAAGAAUUGGAGUGUCUGAUCAAACAUAUUCAAGAAACAGUAACUGGGAACAUCUUGCCAAAAUUGCACAGAUGUAUCAUUGCAAAGGUGAAAAGAGAUGAAGAGCACAAGCUUGUGAAAUCCAAAGUUGUGAAUGACGAAGAGGUGGUUCGAGUGCCGCUGGCUUUUGCAAUGGUCAAGCUGAUGCAGUCUCUUCCAAAAGAUGUCAUGGAAGAAAAUUUGCCAAGCAUUUUCCUGAAAGUCUGUUCUCUCCUGAGAAACAGAGCACAGGAGAUCCGGGAUAUUGCGCGUAACACCCUGAUGAAAAUGAUGGAGGCUUUGGGAGCACACUACUUCCAAUAUGUCUUAAAGGAGAUGCAGUCAAUCCUUGUCCAUGGUUACCAAGUGCACGUGCUGACAUUCACUGUCCACCUCUUGCUGAAAGGCCUUGCCAGUAAUAGGCUUAAUGUUGGAGAUUUGGAUUCCUGCUUAGAACUUAUGGUUGAAAUUUUCAAUCACGAACUGUUUGGGGAAGUUGCUGAAGAGAAGGAAGUGAAAGGUAUAGUUUCCAAAGCAAUGGAAGCUCGCCGAAGCAAGAGUUACGAUUCCUAUGAAAUCCUUGCCAAGUAUGUCGGAAAAGACCACAUGACUAAGCUUAUUCUACCAUUGAAAGAGAUUUUAGAGAAUACCACCAGUCUAAAGAUGUCCCGGAAGGUGCAUGAGACUCUACGCCGCAUUGUGUCUGGAUUAAUAAUGAAUAAAGCAAUGACUGCCGAAUGUAUCCUUCUGCUCAGCCACGGCCUGAUUAGUGAAAAUCUGCCACUAAUAACAGAGAAAGCAAGAACAAAAGCCCCGGCUCCUCCAGAUCCUCGUUUGCAACCCGAGAGCUGCCUCUUACUUCCACCAACCCCAGUUCGGGGAGGUCAAAAAGCACCAGUGAGCAGCCGGACUAACAUGCACAUUUUGGUUGAGUCGGGUCUACGGUUGCUCCACAUGAGCCUGAAGAGGUCCAAAAUUAAUUCUUCGGAUGGGCAUGUAUUAGAAAUGCUAGAUCCUUUUGUACAGCUGCUGAUCAGCUGCCUUCAGUCCACAGACGUUAAGGUGGUCACUGGUGCUCUUCAGUCCCUUCUGUGGAUCUUAAAGUUUCCUCUGCCUGCUGUGGAUGCAAACAUGGAGCAGCUGGUCAAGCAGCUGUUCCUUCUGCUGAAGGACUUUGCCAAACCAGGAGCAGCAAAAGGCCAGAAUUUCCAUUUGGUCGUAAAUUGUUUCAAAUGUGUGUCUCUGCUUGUGAGGAACACAAAGAGUCACAUAACAGACAAGCAACUUCAAGUAUUGCUUGGAUAUGCGGAAGAAGAUAUCUAUGACUCAUUACGACAAACCACUGCCUUUGGGCUCUUAAAGGCUAUAUUAUCGAGAAAAUUGAUUGUGCCUGAAAUUGAUGGUGUCAUGCAGAAGGUUGCAGACUUUGCCAUCACGGGCCAAAGUGAGCAAGUUCGAAUCCAGUGCAGACAGAUUUACCUGAAAUAUAUUCUUGAUUAUCCCCUUGGUAAAAAAUUGAAACCCAACCUAGAAUAUAUUUUUGCUCAGCUCAACUAUGAAUAUGAGACAGGAAGAGAAUCUGCAUUGGAAAUGAUUGCUUCCAUCUUUGAAAUGUUCCCUCAGGGUUUAUUGCAUCAAUAUUGUGGACUGUUCUUUGUGCCGCUUUGUAUGGUAAUAGUCAAUGAUGACUCAGUCAAGUGUAAAAAGAUGGUGGCCCUGGCGAUCAAAUCUCUGCUUUGCAAGAUCAACCUUGAGAAAAGAGACCUGAUGUUCUCGCUGGUUGCCUCGUGGUUCAAGAGUGAGAAGAGCGUGCACAAGAGGCUAGCUGCUCACACUUGUGGUAUAUUUGCUGAAGCUGAGGGAGCGGAGUUUGAAAAAAGACUUGGAACUCUUCUUCCAAUUAUCGAGAAAGAAAUACAUCCUUCGAAUUUUGAAGAUGUUAGAGAUGAAGCUGAAGAAACGGCUGCAGACCGAUUGCUGUUCAGUUUCCUUAACUUGCUCGUUAAACUGAUCAAGGAGUGUAACGUUCUUGAAUUAAAUAAACAUACUGAGAUUCUGAGUGACAUUUGGGGACAAGUCCAGUCCCAUUUAUGGUUCCCUCACAGUUGGGUGUGGCUGACCGCUUCUCAGAUUUUUGGGUUGUUGUUUGCUUCCCACAAGCCAGAAGAACUUGUCAGUACAUGGAGCAAAAGAAAUCUGGAAAAGAGCCAAGGAGCUGCCGGGGGGCCAUCCGCCAUCAACUUCUUAACAGGAGAGCUGGACACAAAGAUGAAAACACUUGCUUUGGCUUUCUGCCACCAGCUGAAGUCCAAAUUUCUGGAUCCAUCUCUUGGAGAACAGGUUAUAAAGAAUUUACUGUUUGUAGCCAAAGUACUGUAUCUUCUGGAUCCUACUUCAGACAAAGGCAAAGAAACGAACAAGGAAGUGUGCUGUGAAACAGGCAGUCAGGGUGCCUUUGUGGGUGAAGGCGAGAAUGAAACUUCAGCUGUGGAGGAAAGAGGAGAUGAAGAGGCAGAAGAGAAAAACAGGCCAGCCACUUUAUUGUGGGUGAUGAAGAGACUCUCUCUAAUGGCAAAACGAGAAGCUGCGUAUUCACCCAAAGACCCUUUAAAGAGAACCUGCAUCUUUAAGUUCCUUGGUGCCAUUGCAGUGGAUCUUGGCAAAGACAAGGUGAAACCGUACCUCCCAACAAUCAUAGCUCCUCUCUACAGAGAGCUCAGCAGCACCUAUGCAGAACAAGAUCCAACUCUGAAGAACCUGUCCCAGGAAAUCAUAGAACUACUAAAGAAACUAGUUGGGCUGGAGCCCUUUUCAGUUGCAUUUGCUUCUGUGCAAAAGGAAGCCAGUCAAAAGAGAGCUGUCCGGAAGAAACAGAGAACCCUGGAGGCUGUGUCUAAUCCUGACAUUGCUGCCAAGAAGAAGUUGAAGAGGCACAAGAAUAAAAUUGAAGCAAAGAAGAGAAAAAUAGAAUUCCUGCGGCCUGGUUACAAAGCCAAAAGACCAAGAAGCCAUGCAUUAAAGGACUUGGCAAUGGUGGAGUGAAAUACCAU